UUUCCCGUUCAUACACACCAAACCCCUACGACCCAGGAAUCUCAAAGCCCCAAUCUUUAAUCCCCCAACAACAAUGGACCAUCACCUCCUCCAACAGCUUCAGCAACAGCUCCUCCUCCAAGCCCAACAACAACCAAACCACCACCCUUUCAAUCCCAAUCCGCACCCACCUUACUACCCUCCUCAAUAUCAAUACCCACAAAAUGGUUAUAGCCAAUCAAACUAUACCAAUCUCUAUCCCCUGCAAGCUUAUCCCCAGCCGGCAGUCCUUCAACCACCUCAGCUUACGGUGCCACCGUCGCCUUACUCGGGCACAGUGAGGCCUCAGUGGGCCUCUCCAAUGGUUGACCAACCUCCAUAUAGGGGUAUCAGAGAAGUGGGUGGUGAACUAUUCAGAGGACAUCAAGGAAAUUUUGGCUACAGGGGAGCUCACCCAUCUUUCAUUGGGGAAUCAUAUGGUCCAGGUAGGGGUGGUCUCAGAACAGAACAGGGUGUCCCUUCAACAUCUUCUCAUCCUCCCCAUCAAACUUAUCAACCUCCGCUAACACUAACUCCUCAGACGUCGGAAUCUGCAUCAGCACUGAAAACGGAAGUUCCAAACUACCAAAAACCUCAAGUUGCUCAAAAAACCAUGGUUGCAUGGUGUGAAGUUUGUAAGGCUUCAUGCACUAAUUUGGACGUUCUUAAACAACACCAAAGUGGAAGGCGACAUCAAAGGAACCUCAAAAAUAUGGAACGGUUGAAAGAUGGUGUCAGACCAGGGGCUAUACAGCGUUGCACAUCUAAUACAAAGGUUGAAGUUCCUCAUCAGAGUCAGUGUGAACAAGGUGGUGAAGAGAAAAACACAACAAAGAAUAUGCUCUCUGAACCUGUUGGCUACAAAGCUUCAAGGGAAACUGGAAAGCAACAGGCUGAAAUUCCACCAGGUGACGGGUCUGACAAUGUGAAGCGGGGUAAGAAGCGCAAGAAAACGAGAAUGGCUGGGGUUGAACCUUCCAAACGUAAAGAUGUCAUUCCUAUAGCCUGUGACUUGUGUAAUGUCAAGUGUGAGACACAGGCAGUUUUUGAGGGCCAUCUUUCAGGAAAGAAGCAUUUUGCCAAGUAUAAACGACUUAAUGGCCAUGAACCUUUGCAUCGUCCCGUGGGGCUUCAAGUUGUUUAUCCCCCUAACGCAGAGACUGAAACUGUACUCCAACCCCAAGAAGGAAGAUAUAUACCUCCCCAUGUGUACCAAGAUAUACUGGUGGAAACAAGUUAAGAUCCCCAAUUUCAACAUCCAACCUCUGAAUGAAUUCACAUCAUUGAGGCCCAACAUUUGGUAUUUCAGAGAUUGGUCAGGGGUCCAAUACUUCUUCACUGGACUCAAUUUUAAAACCUGAUAAGGUAAUUCUAGUAGCCCAGUAAGUUUCAGUGCUCUUUCAGUCAUGGAGCUCCUGAAGACUACACUAGUUAACAAAUGUAAGUAACAUUAGGCAUACUGUUCUGCAGCUCUACA